UUGUUCCCCGCCUACGCCACCAUCCGCCCCACUCCCUCCUCCUUCUCCGGCGACGGCGCCUUACUCGGAAAAGUACCAGAGAGUCAAACGAGUGAAACUGUACAGAAGGUAGAAACCAUGGAUUUGAAAUACCCCGACGAUUUCCGUUGUCCGAUCUCUCUUGAAGUGAUGUCGGACCCCGUAAUCGUUGCAUCCGGCCACACCUUCGAUCGCUCAUCAAUCCAGCGCUGGAUUGACUCUGGCCACCAUACUUGCCCCGUCACUAAGCUUCCUCUCCCUCCCCACUCCCCUCUAAUCCCUAACCACGCCCUUCGCUCCCUCAUCCACAGCUACAACCCUGUCGUUGGUAGAGAGAGCAGCAAGCGUAAACCCUCGCGAUCGACUGACCAGAUAUGCUUCCUUUCAUCCCUCUCCUACCCCGCCUCCGCCACAUCACUUUCCACUCUGCUCGGCCUAGCGAAAGACGAACCCGCUUUUCGUCGCGUUCUUUCCGAUUCAUCAGCUCCUUCCAUUCUUCUCCGCCACGCCGCUUCUCCGGACUCCCCCGACCUGCAGAACCUCGCUCUCCGUACUCUCAUAUACCUCUCCCUCGACGGCGACGACGCUCGAGUCGGCCUCGUUGCGGACGGCGCCAUUGACUCACUUGCUCGAGCUCUAGCCUCCGGCGGACCUAACGUUUCUCUCGCCGCUACGGUCCUAACCAGCCUGGCCGUCGUCGAGGUCAAUAAGUGCACCAUCGGAGCUCACCCUUUCGCGAUACCAGCUCUAUCGGUCCUUCUCCGUAACGGCAAGGGUCGGGAUCGCCGGGAAGCUGCUACCGCGCUCUACGAGCUCUGCAAGUUCCCGGAGAAUCGCGGCCGAGCUGUGCGUGCUGUGGCGGUGCCAGCUUUGGUUUACUUCGCAGGUGAUGGCUCAGAAAGGGCUGUUCAGGUUCUGAGUUUGAUUGCAAAGUGUAGAGAAGGAAGGGAGGCUAUGGCUAAUGUUGAAGGGUUUGUUAGGGUUUUGGCUGGAGUUUUGAUGGAAGGUACCGGGAGAGGGAUUGAGCAUGCGCUUUUGGUGCUGAACUUUGUAUGUUCUGAUAUUGAAAAGUUUAGAUGGGAAGCAAAAGAAGAAGGGGUUCUGGAGAUUUGUUUGGUGCUUAUUCAAAAAGAUUAUGGGAAGAUUGGGAGGAAUGCUUUGGCUUUGGCUACAACUAUUGAGAAGGGAGAAUUUGUUGGGUUAAUAUGAAUCUCUGCUUUUCAUGAUCAUGGAGACCUUCCAUCUGUUGUAAUUUGUGGGGGAAGCUGAGGAGGUGGGCUAGAGUUGGUCGUGUAAUUGUUAAAUGAGCGCUUCCUGAAGCCCUGCUUUGAAAACUACUGUAUAAAAGGUGAUGUUUUGCUCUUGUUUUAGGCAUUCCUUCUUCAAGCUCUGUAAAAUUGGAAUAAAUAGUUUUGUCAAUAUUGAAAAGGCCAUAGCUUGUUUCUCAAAAAUCUAAACGUUUUUCAUGGGGGCAAUCUUAAUCGAAACUUGCAGAUCAUCUUCCUCAAAUGCUUCGGUAAGUGUCUACUUUGCCUUUUUGGUUUGCAUCUUGAUAUGAUUGAGAAACAUGGUUUUUGGUUUGAGUUUCCCGGUUUUUUUGGCUUAAUUAGUUCAUGUUGUCUAAAUUUUCUUGCUAAAUAUACGCCACAUUAUCAUUUUUCUGGUUUUGUUCCCUCUAUGUUACGGCUUUGAUUCAUCUCCACCAAAUCAAUAGUUUUUGUGGAGAGGAUGCAUUAUUGAUUGUAAUUUAACUGGGACGGUAAUGUAUGAUUCUUUUGUAACGUUAUUGACAUGCCAAAGAGAAACAAGUUAUGUGAUUUUAUUUCAUUUUGAAAAUUUUGUAAUGCU